GGCGGCUGCGCACGCAGCUCCUAGAGCCGAUGGUUCCUUUCUUCUUUCCCUGCACCUCCUUUAAAAGAGGUGCCUGUCACCACCCAAGACACCAGAACGAAAAGUGAAAAAAAGCAGGCAAGCCACGCCACGUCCCAGUGGAACUCACAGAUGGGUAGAACUCACUGCAUUAAAUCAGAUCACAACUUGGAGCGACACUGGGAGAACAAUCAAAUAUGGUUUCCCCGGGGAAGGGGAUACUCGAGGUGAAAGUUGAAUGGCAAACAGUACGCCAACAGGAGUUAGUGUGCAAAGAUCUCUGGAAGAGAAAAAUCUAGCCCGUAAGAAUAUGAGAGGAAUAAAGAAGCCUACAAAGUUGGAAUCUCAGACCUCAAGGUGCAUAACUUAAUGCCCACUCUUACAAAAUACCAAGACUUAGAUAAAACAUUUUAUCAGCAAAACUUUAGGUGUUGGGGAUCGGGGGACGAGAGGAGGCGAUUGUGCGGGAGGAGAUGCCUUUGGCUCCGCCCUAAAGUUAAUAACUCAUUUUAAUUCUCUUACAGUUUUGUUAAGAGUUGCUAAAAUCAUGGUGAAAUGUUGCUCGGCCAUUGGAUGUGCUUCUCCCUGCUUGCCAAAUUCCAAGUUAAAAGGACUAACAUUUCAUGUAUUCCCCACAGAUGAAAACAUCAAAAGAAAGUGGGUAUUAGCCAUGAAAAGACUAGAUGUGAAUACUGCAGGCAUUUGGGAGCCUAAAAAAGGAGAUGUGCUAUGUUCAAGGCACUUCAAGAAGACAGACUUUGACAGAAGCACUCCAAACACUAAGCUGAAACCUGUCCCUUCUGUCUUUGAAUCCCCCUGUCACUUGCAGGAACAUAGCUACAGUGUUAUGGACAGUCCAAAGAAACUUAAGCAUAAAUUAGAUCAUGUGAUAAUCGAGUUGGAGAAUGCCAAGGAAAGCCUACAGAAUGUUUUGGACUGAGAAAAACAUUUUCAAAAAUCAUUGAGGAAGACAAUCAGGGAAUUAAAGGAUGAAAGUCUGAUCAGCCAGGAAACAGCCAAUAGACUGGAUGCUUUCUGUUGAGAGUGUUGUCAUGAAAGCACAGGAUGA